AUGGCUUCGAAAGGGACCGGAGAAGACAAUUAUGAAGGCAAGCAAAAAAGUAUCACCAAACGCUCAUUUGCAUUUGCGGAAGCACUAAGUCAAGCCACUGAAAAGAAUGCCUCGGCCUUCAUGAAUAGAAUAACACAAAGAGUCCCGAAUGAAAGUGCGUUUGGUGCACUUAGUCCGACCUUGAUUGAUAUAGCGGCCAUUAUAGGCCUGCCGCCACAUGGGCAAGUGGUGGACAUCGUAUUUGCAGAAGGAAAGUGUGACAUUGAUCUUGGCUGCGAACUAAGAGAUCGAACUCAGGGCAGACCAGCCGUUGCUAAUUUUAAUACAUGGAUUGAGGUGUUUAACAACGGUUUGGGAAAUAAGUCACUUGAUAGUAAUGGCAGUCCAGAAGAGAAAGGGGAAAGCCAACAGGAGACAAUGGAAGUAACCCAUGUAGAGCAUGCUGCGUUUCUUGCCUUUUGGAUAUGUAAGUUCUUAGUGUGCACAACUUCUAAAAAAGUGAAUGUGGAGUACUACAAGUUGGCUGAAGCAUUAGCAAGUAAAGAAGUACAAGAGAGAGAUCAGCCAUUAGCUCUUGGUCCAUUUGUGCUUGCCCACUUAUACAGAUGUCUUCACCACUGUGUGACCAAAGGACUGAAUCCAAAUUGGUCUGGGCUAUUGUGGAUUUUUCAGUUGUGGCUGCACACUUACUUUCCCUCUUUCAGACAGUCGGGUUUAGCAUUAGCAGUUGACACCACUCUUGGACAACAAUUGGCUCAUUUUGAUUUACUUCCUCAUUCGGCAGAAGAGUGUUUUGAGGUGUUGUUCAAGUGUCCAGAGUUUUCUGCAGAACAGUUUGCCGUUUGUUUCAGUAGGAAGUAUCCACCUUACCUUGCAAUGGAUAUCAGCCAACACGCCUCAGAAAGUGAGACAAGAUGGGAGACUGCGUGUUCAGCUUGGAAGAGUGCAAUAGGUAUGAGGGAUCUCUUCUGGGGUGCCUUGUCUGGUAAAACACUCAAGUGUGGAGUGGAGUUAUAUUCACCAUCCUAUUUCAGUCAUCAAUUGGGAUAUUAUCAAGCUAUACCGGCUCCGGUGCCAGAAUCGUCAAACCGAUAUAGUUCAUUGCGAGCCGUUUUCUCCAAUAAGGACGACAUUGAGCAGAAUAACAAGGCGUUUGUGUACAACAUGAGCUUUCCCAUGAAGACAAGAGUAGCAACUAUAGGUAGCCGCUUUAAAGAUGGGUUGGUGUCGGCUAGGCGAUCGGCUUUUGCAGGAAAUCCAUGGGCACAAGAGAAGCCGAAAGCUGUAAGGCGUGGUAAAAUAACAAGCAAAGUUGCUAGAGCAAUCCCAACUAUAAGUGGCCAAGAGUCUUUGAAGAAGUGUGCUAAAGGGAGCACAAAGAGAAAGGCCAUCUAUAGUGCGGCCACUGAGGCGGCCAAAGAUGGUGCCAGCCUGUCUUCAACGUCUCAAUCUCCUCCAGCGAAACAACCGGCAAAACAAGACGAGCAAUCCUCUGAGAGCGAAGAACAAUUGUGCGUGGCCAAACGAAGUUGCCUAGAGACAUUCAAGAAGGCCAACGUCCAAAAUGCCAUUCCUAGUGAAACAGAGGAAUCCGUGGAACUAACCAUUGAUAAAGAUGGCCAACCAAGUAGUGACGAACCUGUGGGGGAGAUAAUUUCUCUUGAAAGAAUGGCUGAAAGCGAAGUUGUGACAAUGAAUAUGGAAGAGACACUUGUGCUCACCCAAACUUCAACGCAAGCCAGUAUUCCCUCCUCGUCGCUUAGUGAGCAACACCUGGUGUUGGCUAAUGAACUAGAAGGUAAUCAAGGGUUUGAAGCCGAACUUCAGGCUUUCAUGAGGGCAUUUUCGGCCGAUGCUCUAAUCCAACCAAAAUGCUGCUCGGCCAUUUCGCAGUUACCAACCGCGCAAUUGACAUCAAGGGAGGAAGUUGAUGGGGCUCUGAAGAUGGUAAAGGAAACAUUAGCGCAGCCAUUAAAAGAAUUAGUGGAAACAGGCCAACUAUCAAAAGUGAAAGUGGCCAUGGAUUUGUUACUUGGAGCCAAAUACUUUGCCCCUCCCAAGGUAGCUCUCAUUGGUGAGAAGCUAGAAGUGUUGACCCAACAAAUAUCCCGUGUAGCUGGUUCAUACCAAGAAAUAGAAAAAAGGAGACAACAAAUCUUGGCUUGUGAGCAAAUGAAGAAAGCCUUGGUUCCCAAGUUUGGGUGGUGUAUGGAACAAAAACGGGUUGUGGAGUCUCUUGAAGGCAAGAUAAAUGAGUUGGAAAGCCAAUUGGCGUCCUUGAAACAAGAGAGACAAGAAGUGGGGGAAAAGCUCCUUCAAAGGAGUAAGCAGUGUUUCCAAAGCCAAGGACAACUGAAAAAAAUAGAGGCCGAAUUGAAAAAUUCCGAGCCUAGGUGUAUGCAACUUGAGAGUGACCUUCAGGAUACUAGUUGUACCUUGGGAGCUCUUAAAGCUUUAUUAGCCGAGUAAUGAUGAUUGAUGUAUGUGGCUCU